AGUUUAAAGGGUAACAAGGAGGAAUACUCUCCUCAGGCCAUAUUUCAUCAUGAAAAUGAGAAGCAGAGACUAAAUGGCCAAGCGUCAAUGUACUCGGAAAUCCAGAGGGAGCGGGCAGACAUCGGGGGCCUGAUGGCCCGGCCCGAGUACAGAGAGUGGAACCCAGAGCUCAUCAAGCCCAAGAAGCUGCUGAACCCUGUGAAGGCAUCCCGGAGCCACCAAGAGCUGCACCGAGAGCUGCUCAUGAACCACAGAAGGGGCCUGGGCGUGGACAGCAAGCCGGAGCUGCAGCGAGUCCUGGAGCACCGCAGGCGGAACCAGCUCAUCAAGAAGAAGAAGGAAGAGCUAGAAGCCAAGCGGCUGCAGUGCCCCUUUGAGCAGGAGUUGCUGAGACGGCAGCAGAGGCUGAACCAGCUGGAAAAACCACCAGAAAAGGAAGAGGAACACGCCCCCGAAUUUAUCAAAGUCAGGGAAAACCUGCGGAGAAUCGCCACGCUGACCAGUGAAGAGAGAGCGCUGUAG